AUGGUCGCUACAUCUUCGCUUGUUCAGCUGGCUUUGUUGCCUUGCCUUGUUCUCGGAUCUUCCAUUGCGCCUAGGACCAAAUCUUUUGACUAUGACUCUCUCACGUUGAGAGAAGUCGGCGCUCGGAACACCCUUGACUGGCGUGUGUGGCUCGAGAAAGACGGCCAGCCUAUUUCUUUCUGGCACGAUGUUCCUUUAUACCCUGAGAAGGGCAACAAUCGCAUCGUGAGCUACGUUGUCGAAAUCCCUCGAUGGACUGAUGGAAAGAUUGAGACUCGUCGCGAUGAGCCCAUGAACCCCAUCUUCCACGACGACAAGAAGAAGAAGCCCCGUUUCGUGGAAAGUGUCUGGCCUCACAAGUCUUACCCUUUCCAUUACGGAUCCAUCCCUCAAACCUGGGAGAGCCCCAACUUUGACCACGACUUUACUGGGUAUCCUGGUGACAACGAUCCCAUUGAUCUUUUUGACAUCAGCGAGGUUCCUGCCCAUGUUGGCCAAGUCAAGUCUGUCAAGGUCCUAGGCGGCCUUGCUCUCAACGAUGGCGGUGAGACUGACUGGAAGGUUAUCGCCAUCGACACCAAGGACCCUCUCGCCGAGCUCGUCGACACCGUCGCCGAUCUCGAAAAGUACCGCCCCGGUCUGUCAAAGACCUUCUACAACUGGUUCACAUACUACAAAGUCGCCCGCGGCGACUCCGUCCUCGAGAUCAUAGGAGGAGACUACCAAGACGCCAAGUUCAUGGCCAAGACCAUCAAGAGCAGCCACGGCGACUGGCAGGACCUCGUCCGAGGAAAGGUUGACUCCAAUGAGAUCAACUACAACCAGACCAGCAACAAGAAGUAUAAGAGCUAUGUGAAGAGCAAGGAUGCUACCAAGAAGUUUGGACUUCCUGCUGAGUCCAAGGUUCUUCCUGCUGCGGAGCGCCCGGGGAAAUAUGAUCUUUGGUAUUAUCUUAAUGAGGAUUUCAAGUUGAUCGAGCUUGGCAAGGAAUAA